AUGAGACCAGCGAUUGAUGGAGAUAAAAUGGCGGAUACAGGAAAUAUUUACUCCUACAAGGAGAUCCGACUAAACCUCGAUUCAUCCAUUCAAAAUUCUACCAUUGCGAUUCGUUUACCUGCACAUGGCACUCCAGCUACAAGAACAGUACAAAAGCGACCUCAUGUUACGGAAAUAUCCAUCGCGGGGGACGAACGAGUUUUCAAGCAAAAGUAUAUAGCAACUGCUGGCUCUAUCUAUCAUCGCACACAAGACGUAUUCCCCCGAAGUUAUUUAUGGAGGGUUUUGGAGGAUGGAAAGGUACUCUCAGUACAGGUGGUGGAUGUAUCGAAACUGCAGAACACCACAGACGCACAUCUUACUUUGAGACUGCAAUUACCAAGUGCCAUAAAGCCGGGAUGCGUUGCUUUCGCGGAUUGCAAGGAGCAUGACUAUGUCAGCGCAUUUGUGUUGACGGAAACACACCACCUUUACACUCUAAGACUUUGGCCGGACUUCUUUCGCAACCCUUCGAGCACGGAAAAUAAUGUUGGAAACUGGUGCAAGUCAUAUAUAUCUUCGGCAUUUAGCUUCAAAAAGCCGCAUAGGAUGGUUGCGCUUAGUGCCAAUGAAUUGCUGAUAUCCAAUUUUGAUGGAGGGCUCCUGAAGUUAAACAGAAAGUCGGGUGGAGAUGGCUCCGAGUGGAAAGAGACACAUUACAAUCCAGGAGGAUGGAGAGAUGGACUAAAGAGUUUAAUACCUUUCCAAGGAAGCAAUACUGUUCGAUAUGGAAACGUCAACAUCGAAUUAUCAACAGUCACUUCUAUAUCUUCACCAUCAACGAGCAUCGAUGGGCAAUCAUAUGCGUUUACUGUGUCUUUAGAUCACAAUCUUCGAAUUUGGAACUUGUCUAAUGGACGAAUCGCCUACAUUGGUGAUAUUCUUGGCCAGGAGAUAGACCCGAAGAACCCCAGAAAGCCAGUGCUCGACCCUUCAUAUUCACAAUUAGUCAAAGUAUAUGAUCACAAUAACGAAAGUGCUCUCUGUGUCACAUACUCCCCACUUGGUGAAGGGCAAUUUAAGUUCUGGAAUGUUACUCCGGCCGCUGAGGUUGGAGGCUUGGUCGUAUCAGAUUCUUUUCCGAAUAAUACUUUGGUUCCUCGCGCGCCUACAUCAGACCUUUGGACCUUGGCAGAUUUCUCGGUCAUUCCGGAUAGAACGAGAAGUGCGUUAAGUCUGUGGACCUUGUGGAAAAACAAUACAACAUAUCGAGUACAAAAACUUUACUUUGAGAAUGGUUCUGAGCAGAUGGUUGAGCAGUUAUGGGAAGAGGGCUGGGGAGCUAUGGUGAGCGAAAGUUUGGCUCAGAAACCUCUACCCACCAUCUAUUCUGGCGAUGCCUCAGACUCCACAGACAAGUGGUUAGCAUACAUAUUAUAUCCAGGCAAAUUCACCCAUGCAACCAUCGAGACCGGAUUGGCCAUUUACGAAAGAGGGUUAGGAACAUCCAGGGAUAUGACACGUAGAUCCGCACCGUUACCCGAAAGGUUAUGUUCAAGUAUUGCAACUACCGCCACAUUGAGUCGAGCAUCUGACGGAGGGGCAGACUUUGAACAAUUUCGCCUUGCCACUGAUGCACAAUGGAGACGUUUCUAUCGACUUCUUUUUGAACUGGAUAAGCAAAGAGGUGAAGCCCUGGCUUUGGCCAUUGACCCAAUGGGAGAGAUGCCUUGGGUCGUUUCGGCAGAUGGAUUAUCAGCAGUCCGAGAUUGUAGUGGUUUAGAGCAGAUAUGGCACAACCCUGAGCAAACUACUGCAGGUACGGAAUAUGUAUCUACUCUUCUCACCGCUGGAUCUUUGUUCGGCGAGGCAGUUCCAGAUAUCCUGUUCCACGGCUUCCGCUCUGCCCUAUUGAGUCAACUUUACGAAGAGCCGACAUUGCUUCCAGCAGCAAGGAUGAAGAUGCUAUACGACAGUUGUGAUUACUCGAAUCAGAUUGGUGAUGAAGAGUAUCAUCAACUAGUGACAAAUUUGGGAGGUACAUUUAGUGAUGUCACUUCUCAUGUAUAUGAAGCUCUCCUUGAGUCCAUGAUAACAUCAAUUGGAAGUGAUUCGAGACAUCCAUUACCUCUGGCCAACACUGGCAAUAGGCUGAUUGUCAAGGGCGUCCAAGAGACUAUUGAGCUACAUAAAAGUAUUUGUCUUGACCAGCUUCUUUUACUGAUUCUUAUCGAGGUCGAAAUCAACCAUGGGGAGGAGGGAAUUCAAUUUGAGACUAGUGCAGUAUUCAAUCAGCUCCUGAUUAUGCUUAAGAGACUCGAACUUGUUUCUUGGUUGGCCAAAACUGAAAUUGACUUACCUCUUCCGAAUCGGGAACGCUCAAAUUCUCUAGAUGAUUCGACGUCCAGUUUGCCUAAGAAGCCAAUAUCUUAUGAGACUGUCACUGUCUUAGAAGGUGUUCAUAGACAUCUAUUCGGACUCGAAAAAGGAGUAUCGAUGUCUACAGUCUUGACGGACUUCAUCACAGAAAUAUGCAGACCUGAUAGCAGAUAUGAAUCUCCACCUGCCAUCAUCCAAUGCUUCUUGUUGAAGCAUAGCCAGUCUGAUUUGGCAAUGGAAUUUUCACGUUUCACUGAACAUGAUUCAUUUUCCACGUAUAUUCAAGGAAGGGCGUGCCUAGCUGCUAAUGAUCCUCGUACAGCAGCAUUGCACUUCAAAAAGGCUGCUUUUGGAAUGGCAUAUCCAGAUCACAAUAAACACGCAAACCCACACAGUGCAGGCCUCCUAGACGAAACAGAAAAGAAUCUUCUGAACGCGGGUCUUCCAGAAUAUCAUUCACAUAUCGUUUCUCUGUACGACAAUGAAAAAAUGCACUCCUUCGUCAUCGAUUUCUCUCGCCUAGCCCUCCAAUUCAUCAAGCCCAACCAACAUGAUCUUAGCACCGAAAUGCACAGUCGUCUCUUCCACGCCGCUCUUCAAACCUCCCGUUACGAACUCGCUUACUCGGCCCUCUCCCUCUUUACAAAUACCGCCCUACAAACCUCCUCGCUCCGAUUACUCAUCACCAGGAUGUGCGAAUCGUCCCACGCUACCCAACUUAUUUCUUUCCCUUUCCUCGGUCUACAAGAUCUUGUCGAUGAGAUACUUUCGCAGAAAUGCGUCAAUAUCGUUGAAGUCACAAAUGGUGUCCCAUAUCAUAAAAUCUUAUACUCGUGGCGAAUUCAGCAUUCUGAUUUCCGCGGUGCGGCAGCUAUUUCUUUAGAAAGAUUGUAUCGUCUUCAAGCUUCCUCGGAAAGCGAUAAUAAGAUAGGAAGUGGGGAAUUAGGGGAAGAAGGAGAAACGUUGGUCACGAAACAAUAUGUGGCGGUUAUUAAUGCAUUGAGUUGUGUGGAUCCAAAACAUGCGUGGAUUUUAUGCGAGGGAGCUAAGGGGAAAGAUGCGGGGAAUGUAGGGAGAGGGACGGGGAGGGCAAUUUCAAAAGGGGUGAAAGAGGAUGGAGGGGUUAAGAGAAGAGUAGUUACAUUGGCGGAUAUUAGGAGGGGGUAUCAGGAGGAAUUGGAUCGCGUGGCCGCCAUUGAGAAUGGCAGGUUUAGUUUGGGUGGGGCUGGGGAUGGAGAUAUGAUGGAGAUGUGA